UAGGUGGUAUAGAUCAUAGGUGAUAUACAGGGUUUCUGCCUCAUUCUCAUUCAGCGCGAACCGAAUCGAGAGCAGCAAAUCUUGGAAAGAACGAAGAAGACAACAUGUCGUCACUUGCAGCUGCUAGAGCAGACAAUUUUUACUACCCGCCAGAAUGGACACCGAAUCAGGGUUCUUUGAACAAGUUUCAUGGUCAACAUGCUUUGAGGGAGCGAGCAAGAAAAAUAGACCAGGGCAUCUUAAUUAUAAGGUUUGAGAUGCCUUUCAAUAUAUGGUGUGGUGGAUGCAAUUCUAUGAUUGCAAAGGGUGUGCGGUUCAAUGCAGAGAAAAAGCAAGUUGGAAAUUAUUAUUCUACUAAGAUAUGGAGCUUUACCAUGAAGUCUGCAUGCUGCAAACAUGAGAUUGUUAUUCAGACUGAUCCAAAAAACUGCGAGUAUGUGAUUAUCAGUGGGGCUCAACGGAAGACGGAGGAGUUUGACAUUGAGGAUGCUGAAACCUUUGCACUCCCCGCAGAUGAAGAAAGAGGCAAGCUUGCAGAUCCAUUUUACCGUCUUGAACAUGAGGGAGAGGAUUUGCAGAAGAAGAAAGAAGCUGAGCCAGUUCUAGUUCGCCUCCAGCGGGUAUCUGAUGCUAGGCAUUCAGAUGACUAUUCCCUUAACAAGGCUCUCCGGGCUCAACUUAGAAACCAAAAGAAGAGAGUUGCUGAAGAGGAGUUUGUCUCGAAGAAACUUGGGCUUGGCAUUCGAUUGCUACCAGCAACCGAAGAAGAUGCAGCUACUGCAGCACGCAUGAAGUUCUCUUCCAAGUUUGAGAGGAACAGGAAGGAGAAGCGAGCAUUAAUUAAUGCUGCUUCAAUCUUCCCUGGGUCAUCUGGGUCUUCACUGUCUGAUAAGAAACGUUUGGAACUAGGAUCAAAGAGAAGGAAAAUCAAGGCAGGCACAGCAUCUGAGUUACUGAGAGGAUUUAAACCGUCGUCAUGGUUAAAGAGCUCCGUAUCUUCGAGCCAGAGUAGGGGGAUGUCAGUGGCUUCAAGACACCUCUAGGUAGCAAUUGUUAAGAAAGUCUUCAAACAGCUGUACUUCUUCAGAUGAGAUUUUAAAGGCUGCCCGUAUUUUCCUUGUUCAAAUUGGCUGUGGAGCUUGUAUACAUAUAGGGAUAGCCAUAAUUGAGGAUUAUUUUACUCCUGGGUUCUCUUUUUUUUUUUUUUCCCCUCACCUGCCCUUCUGUAAACUAUUGCUCAGUAAAUGUGGGUGAAUCCAAUACUGAACUUGGGUGUGGUAUAUAAAUAUAAUAGUGUAUUGGCGUCUGUCCGUAACUACUUUUAAACAGUGAGAACUGCAGUAAAAGAUGGCUGUAGGCAGUUCCUUAUUUAAUGUUUCCGUUUUCAA